CGGCUUCCCGUGCCAUAGCCCAUAGCUACAGCUCGUCGAGGUCAACCAACCACCCCCGGAAAACCAACCGCGCGCACGCGCCGCGCAGAAUGGGUUCCGACGGCGGGGGCGGCGCCGCCGCGUUGGAGGUGCUCCGGGCGGCGGUGCCCCUGCAGGCGGACGCCGACCUCGUCCUGGCUCCAGGCGGCGGCGGCGGGCGUGGGCAGGUGGGGCUCGUCCUCGUCGACGUCUCCAACGGGUUCUGCACCGUCGGCGCCGGGAACCUCGCCCCUGUUACGCCAAAUAAACAGAUAGAAACGAUGGUGGAGGAGGCUGCUAGGCUUGCCAAGGUGUUCUGCGAGAGGAACUGGCCGGUCUUUGCGUUUCUUGACACCCACUACCCUGAUAAGCCUGAGCCGCCUUUCCCACCACAUUGUAUAAUUGGUACUGGCGAGGAAAAUUUCGUCCCAGCUCUGGAGUGGUUGGAAAAGGAUCCAAACGUAACGAUCAGGAGGAAGGAUUGUAUUGACGGUUAUCUUGCCGCAUUCGAGAAAGAUGGUUCGAAUGUUUUUUCCGAUUGGGUUGCAAAAUUUCAGAUCAAAACCGUUUUGGUUUUAGGAAUAUGUACAGACUAUUGUGUUUUGGAUUUUGCAAGUUCAGCUUUGGCUGCCAGAAACAUUGGCCGAGUGCCUCCACUGGAAGAUGUUGUUAUUUAUUCAGGGGGCUGUGCUACAUAUAACCUCCCUGUUGAAGUAGCCAGGAGUAUGCAAGGAACUUUGGCUCAUCCACAGGAUCUAAUGCACCACAUGGGACUUUACAUGGCAAAGAGCAGGGGUGCGAAGAUCGUUGACAGAAUUAUUCUUGAAGAUUAGGGAUGUAAAACUAGUAUAAGACUGUAAUGGCGACCUGGAUCAAUUAUCUAGUUUGAUUUUUAUUGCUUGAAUGAUGAUCCUAGUUUUUUCUUUAUUUCUUAAAUUCAUCUCUUCGAUGCAAAUCAGAUAUGUAUCUGCUGGUUGGACCGAGUACUGAUAAUACGCUACGAGUGCUUUGUGCACGGUUGUUACUUGUGUAAUUAA